CUCUAUUUUAUGCACAAGUGACCAGCGUUGGGCUUGGUCGACCCCAAACCGCACGCACACUCUUCCCAUUCUCUCUCUCUCUCUCCCAGAACAGAAACUUGUGGAACCUCUGAAACCCCCGAAACAUGUUACCUCCGCCGCCCCAACUGGACCCUAACGAGACCAACUGGAUCGUUCAUGUCAACGAGAACCUCAACUGCAUGCCCAAAGACGAGCAACACUGCUGGAAGUCUCCGUCCAUCUACAAGGUUCCCCCCUCCAUCACCCGCCUCAACCGGGAGGCCUACCAGCCGCAGGUUGUCUCUUUCGGUCCCUAUCACUACGACGAGGUCGACCUCCGUCCAAUGGAGGAGCACAAGCACCGCGUGCUUCUCCACUUCCUGAAGCGGUCCGGGAAGUCCCUCGAGUGCGUCUUCGAGUCUCUGAGGAAGGUGGCGCAUGAGCUUGAGGACAGCUACGAAAAUCUGGACCAGAAGUGGAAGGAGGGAACGGGGGGCAAGUUCCUGGAGCUGAUGAUCACGGACGGCUGCUUCAUGCUCGAGAUCAUGAGGACCGAGAUAAGUGAGGAGAAGAACAAUGGCUAUGCGCCCAAUGACCCCAUCUUCAGCAUCCACAGGCUGGAAUACAUAGCCCCAUAUAUAAGCCGGGACAUGCUGCUGCUGGAGAAUCAGCUGCCGAUGCUAGUUCUGUAUCAGCUGGUUGCCAUCGCGAACGAUGGCAAGGAGGAUGACGUCAACGAGCUCAUCGGAAAAUUCUACUUCCUCCAUGAAAAUAAAAAUUUCACGGGGUUGGGCAGACGCCUGCAUGUCAUGGACGUAUUCAGGAAAGGCCUGCUGAUGAAAUCCGAGGGGGUCCAGCACGAACGGGAAUUAUAUAUGGGGCCUGAGGACAUGAAGAUAUCUGCCAAGAAGACCGAGCCGAUAAUCCGGUCGGCCAUUGAGCUCAACGAGGCCGGGAUCAAGUUCAAGAAGCGCAAGACCAACAGCCUCAAGGACAUCUCCUUUGCUAGAGGGUUCCUGAAGCUCCCAGUUAUCAAGGUGGAUGACACCACCGAGUCCAUGUUCCUCAACGUCAUGACGUUCGAGCGCUUGCACAUCGGGGCUGGGAACGAGGUCACAUCCUACGUCACCUUCAUGGACAAAAUCAUCAACGAUAGGCAGGAUGUCGCCCUGCUUCACACGGAAGGCAUCAUCCAGAAUGAUUUCGGAAGUGACAAGGCAGUUGCCAAGCUAUUCAACUCUCUGUGCACGGACGUGACGCUCCCAUCCAACGAAAACCUCGAUGGCGUGCAACAAAAGAUCAGCGAGCACUGCAAGGAGCCCUGGAACAAAUGGAGGGCUAUUCUCAACCGCACCUACUUCAGGAGUCCUUGGACUAUAUUGUCUCUCACUGCCGCUAUCUUCCUCUUCGCUCUCACUAUAAUGCAGGCCGUGUAUACUGUGCUCAGAUACCAUGCAAAAUGAUUUUUUUUUUUCUUUUUUCGUUGUUUCUCCUAAUGCCUGAUGCUCGAUAAUUAUCUGUUGAUUGGCUGUUGAUUGUUGUCAUCAAUGAUUUUCCUCCUGGUUUCAGUCAUGCUUAUUUCCCUCUCUAAAUGUUAUGAACGAUGGACAUUUGGCUGUUUAUAUAUCAUCAUCAGAUGAUGAUUCUCU